AUGAAAUGUAUGAUGCUAUCAAAGAGGGAGGGAGUACGCGGAUCCUAGGCCAUUUAAUGCGAGUCCCAGCACCACAUUAUUUCUUUGCUCUCAGAAUAAUUUCUACAGAUAAAUUUGUUUCUAUAUCUACUACUAACUACAAGAUUCUCAGCUCCAUACUCCUUUAUUACACUAUAUUUUCGAAAUAAAUAAUCCCACCCAUAUCUACGCUUAUACAUAUCACUCCUACCCACACAGACUAUGUAAAAGAUUAAGUUCCGUACCCAUGAUAUAUUAAUUUCGAACCAUGAUAUUUCAUUUUUGUAGCAUUCCACUCCGCCAAUAUUUGAGAAAAUUAUUGCUUAAUGUUUUUUGGAUCGAAAGAUUGUUGCUUGAUUUAUUGCGCCAGAUGUUUGAUAUAAGACAUGUGAUGAGAAUCAGGCAAAGCCACAAUUUUACUGCGCUGAUGAUGCCCAUCACGGGGAAUUAUUUUUAUGAUUAAAAUUUUAUUCGAUAUACUGCGCCAGACUUCGAGAAUCAGCCACAGCAAUUUGGUUAGACGCGUAUCAGCGAUCCCGAUUUUCUCAACGAAUAUUAAAAGGAUCAAGAAAGCCAAUCAAUAAUCAAACCCACCUUAUUAUUAUUUUGCGGAAUAUACUCGUUUGGUUGAUUGUGGAUAUUAAUGAUGAAUAUAACGGAUCGAUUCUGGAAUACGCUUUUGGGGUAAAUUAUGUUAAUAUGAUCGCAUCACGAAAAUCUGAUCAACCUCCUCUCCUUAAUUUAACACUAUCCAUAUGUAAAGAUCAU